AUGUUAACUAAAAUUUUCCUUGUUUUCUCAUGGUUUUCAAGAUUCUUCUUGAAGAUUGUAGUGUCUCAUGCAAAUGGCAACAAUAUAUUUGUUCUUAAAGAUCGUGAGGUCGUGCAAAUAAUAAAGACAAGAUGCUCGAGUUUUUUGGAUAAUCACCCAGAGUUGAAUCAGGGAUCUUAUUGCAAAGUUGUUCCAUUGAAACUCAUAUCAAGUCUUUUGCACAAAAAAGUUGUAUUCAUGGUUGAUGCUAGGCCUGUGGGUUAUGAGAUGAAUCGAUCUGUGUAUAUUGUUCAACAAAUUUGGGAUGAUGCCUCUGUUAUUAAUGUUUUUGAGGUUGCUGCUGAGAUGAAUGAGCAUAAGAUUCAUGUUCUGGUUGAUUCUAUUCCUGAAGUUGAAGAUGCUUUCAGCUAAUGUGGAAGCGAUCAUGAGGCUGUGGAGGAUCUGCAUGCUUUUUAGUUUAAUAUGUUCAGAUACUACUUUAAAUUGUUGUUUGAUUUGUAAUACUUAGUGUGUUUUGAAUUCUAAU